AUGAGUUACUACAAGGAUCAGUACAGGCAAUACCAGGCCAAUCCCAAGUCCGAGAGCGUCAAAUUGACCGACGACGUGUCUCUGAUCUAUGUUCCCACCACCACCAAGAUCGAAUCACGCGACGCGUUGCUCAACCAUGUACGGAAGCAGAGCUUUGUGGUCAAGAAGAGAUCGGAGCAGAUCAUCAGCUCCAUUGAGGGCUCUGAUGCGCUAUGCCUAGAGAUGGAGACCACACUGGAGUUCAUGGAGGGUGGCGGGGCCUAUCUCCCCUCGCUGGACGAUAAUUUCCUGGCCGACCGUGUUGUGACUUUCCCCACGAUGCACAUCGUCACCUUUGAGAACAACGCCAUCAAACAGAUCCGGAUUUACUGGGACCAGGGUUCUCUGCUGAAGCAAGUUGAGGUUAUUGGCGCGCGUGGACGCGCCUGGCCUAUCCGUGAUGGAAAGGACCAGGUCCGUUGCCUCAAGACUGCUGCGAACGAAUCGUCUGCUCCCUCGCUCUCUUCUUCGAUCCAACGUGAGCUACCUCAGCGUCCUGCCUCACCCGGCAAGCGUUUCAUCAAGGAUCCAUAUUCUGCAGAGUCUUUGACUGAGCUGCUAUCGCCCAACAAGGAAGCUGCUGCUCUUGAGCUGGGUGAUUCACCCCCCAGAAGUGCCUCGGCUGCUAAGCGUUACACCAAGGACCCGUACGGAGCUGGAUCUUUGAAUGAGCUUUUGUCUCCUAGCAAGAAGGCCGCUGACCCUAUGCGUCCCUAUGGCGGUGGUGCUUCUCGCCCUACUCAGCGCAACAUUAGCGAGCUGUUCCUGAAGGAUGACGAUGUCUCUGACUCACCAUCCAAGCCCCAGCGUAGAGUCCCCAAGAUGGACGAGGACGAGGAGGACAUGGCUGGCCCCGGCCCCGUCGAUGAGGACCGUAGCUUCUACAAGAGCGAUCCUAAAAAGUACAGCCACUUCGAGAUUGGCGGUGAUAACAACAACAACCUUGAGGUCCAGCAUGAAACUAGACACACCAACGCCUACAACACUCCCCACUGGGAAUUCGAUGACUUUGCGACUCCCAAGAAGCCUUCUCGUGCCCCGCGCGGUGAGGAAGUGCGCCAUUUUGGUUUCGAGAACGAGAAAGACUUUCAGACUCCCCCAGGCAAGGCCAAUGUGACCAAGCCCCGCCGCGACGCUGAUGUCCACUUUGACCUGACCGACGACGACGAAGACAAGGAAGAUGCCCGCAUUAUCAGCUCCUUUGGUGGCCGUGGCAAGAACCUGUACCAGAACCGCCUCUACGACGAGAACGGAGACCCCGAGCUCACCGAGAAGGAGAAGAAACAGGAGCCCCUGGGCGUUGUCGGAAAUGCCGCCAACCGCAAGAAGAACUUCGAUUUCGAUUCCCAGUGGGAAACAACAGGCGACUCUCCCAAAGCCAGUGAAAACACCAAGUCCACCUCUCAGAGCCACUCCCAGGCUGUGAAGAUGAUGGAGUCAUCCUGGGAUAACUUUGAGAACUCGCCCGAGCCCAAGCGGACUGCCACAUCUCAACGCAAUCCCAAGACUCACAACCAGCCGAGCUGGACCCAUGCUGACGAAUAA